AUGUGUGUCAGUACAAGCUCACUGGAUGAAGACAGACAGCUGACACUGCAGGUGUCAGACCUGCUUGCGGCUGGCAACAGGAAAUUGACAUUGGAAGAAAUCACCGCAGUGUUGCCGUUUGCACUUGACAAGUUCCAGGCCCAGUCUGUGGAGAUUCUCUUGCGUGGAUCCUCAGUCGUGGUCAGUGCCCCCACUGGAGCUGGAAAGACCGUAAUUGCAGAGGCCGCCACGAUUGCCAUGCUUGCAAGGGGUCAGCGGGUCAUCUACACGACUCCCCUGAAGGCUUUAAGCAAUCAAAAGCUGUAUGAGAUGAGGCUUCGCUUUGGGAGCGACAUGGUUGGGCUGCAGACUGGCGAUGCCUCCCUGAACCUGGACAGCUCGAUUGUUGUCAUGACCACCGAAGUACUGCGCAACAUCAUGUACCGCACAGACUCCAGGGGAGCAGUGGAGCGCCUGAAUGAUGUGGGUUUGAUAGUGCUGGACGAAGUGCAUUAUCUGGGAGACCCCUCGCGCGGCUCAGUGUGGGAGGAGGUCAUUAUCAAUUGCCCGCCUCAGAUCCAGCUUUGUGCCAUGUCAGCAACCGUGGCCAACGCUGAUGACCUCGGCGCCUGGAUUGAUGAGGUGCAUGGCAGCUGCGAGACGGUUGUGACGAGGUACCGGCCGGUCCCAUUGGAGUGGCACUUUGGCUUUGCUGCCGGCGGCUCAACCCAUCUGCUACCGCUGUUUGGCAGCAAGGGUCGAGCCCUCAACUCUGCCCUGCGGCGCCCGGAGCCAGAGAAGUACAUGGGAGUUGACUGGGGCCGCUGGGACCACAUGAGAAGCGCAAAUGAGAACGGAGAGGUGACUUUACAGUACGAUGAGCCCAGAUGGAAGAGAAUGGCCCCAUUGGAGGAAGUGGUCAUGUCCCUGGCCAGCAAGGCCAUGCUGCCAGCCAUCUACUUCAUCUUCAGCAGAGCAGCAUGUGACGAAGCUGCCCUCAUGCUGGACAAGCAAGGGGUGUCCCUGACCACUCCAGACGAGCAGAUGCUCAUCCUCUACGAGCUGGAAAGCCUCAGGGCUGAUCAGCCAGAGGCUGUGAAGGAGAAUCUAGUCGCUGCGCUCGUCAAGGGAUUUGCAUCACACCAUGCAGGAUUGUUGCCAGGCUGGAAAGGGAUUGUCGAGAGCCUGUUCCAGCAAGGGGUGUUGAAGGUAGUGUUUGCCACGGAAACCCUUGCAGCAGGCAUCAACAUGCCGGCGCGCUCCACAAUCAUAUCCACCCUUUCCCGGCGGAAAGACCAGGGGAUCCAGAUGCUGACGCACAACGAGCUGCUCCAGAUGGCCGGCCGGGCCGGGCGCAGAGGCUAUGACACCACAGGCAACUGCGUGGUGCUGCAGAGCCGCUUUGAGGAUCCAGAGGACGUGCAUGGGAUCAUUAUGAGGGGCCCCGAGGCGCUGCAGAGCCAGUUUGCGACGGGCUACGGCAUGGUGCUCAACCUGCUGCACAGCCGCAGCCUGGCGGAGGCGCGCGCGUUCAUCCAGCGCUCCUUCAGCAACUACCUCGGUGCGCUCCUGCUACCCGCCAUUUUGGUCCCCAUUCACACUUGCGGUGCAUUCCUGCGUAUUGUUCUUGUUUUUGAUGCCCCUCCAGUCCAAUGCGAGGACUGCAGAUGUUUUGCUACACCUUGGUGGUUGCUAGGCGAGUCCUGA